AAUACUUUCUGACAAAGGGAGCACGCUAUUUUCUUCAACACCAUGAUUCUGCAAUUUAUAUAUGAAAGCUUUGAUUUCAAAAGCUGGAUCAUUUUAAGUUUUGUUUUACUGCUUCUUGUAGAUAUCAUCAAAUACAGGAAUCCUUCCAGUUUCCCACCAGGACCCUGGCCCCUACCGUUUCUGGGAAAUGUCUUCACUGAGAUAGAUUUUAGGAACGUGAAUAAGUUGGCUGAAGUCUACGGGAACAUAUUCAGCUUAAGAGUGGGCAGUGAGAAAAUGAUAGUUGUUUCUGGAUAUAAAAUGGUAAAGGAGGCUCUUAUUACUCAGAUUGACAGUUUUGUUGACCGUCCAAUUGUCCCUUUGUUUCACAAAGUUUUUAAGGGUAUAGGUACGAUACUUAGUAAUGGGUACCUGUGGAGGAUGCAUAGGAAGUUUGCUGUCUCCCAUUUGAGGACCUUUGGAGAUGGGAAGAAAAGCUUUGAGCUCAGAAUACAAGAAGAAUGUGUUCACCUUUGUAAUGCCUUUAGGGCAGAAAAGGGACCUUUUAACCCCAUGGUCACCUUAAACAGUGCUGUCUCAAAUAUCAUCUCCUGCCUAAUAUUUGGACAACGCUUUGACUAUCAUGAUGAAUAUUACCAAAGAAUUCUGCGUCUUGACACUGAAUGCAUUCAGUUAAUUGGCUCUCCUAAAGCACAGUUGUAUAAUGUCUGUCCUUGGCUCUUGGAUUACUUCCCUGGCCCACAUCAGACAAUUUUUUCCAACUAUAAGCAAAUAACAGACUUCUUAAGAGAAGAGAUCAUUAAACACAAAGAGGACUGGGACCCUUUAAACCCACGUGACUUAAUAGACAGCUACCUGACUGAGAUGGAAAGGAAAAAAAGUGACCCUGAGGCUGGUUUUAACAUUGAAGGAUUAGUGGUGACUUGUCUAGACCUGAUUGAGGCUGGGACAGAAACCGCAACUACAACAUUGCGCUGGGGUCUGCUUUUUAUGAUGAUGUUCCCAGAAAUCCAAGAAAAGGUCCAGGAAGAGAUAGACAGGGUUAUUGGACAGUCACGUCAACCCUGUGUGGCUGACAGAGCUGAUAUGCCCUACACUGACGCUGUUAUCCAUGAGAUUCAAAGAUUUGGAGAUGUUGUUCCACUGGGAUUCCCUAAAAAAUCUGUUAAAGACACAAAACUAGGGGAAUACUUCAUUCCUAAGGGGACGUCUAUUACAGUAAACCUGUCUUCAGUCCUGCAUGAUCCGAAUGAAUGGGAAACCCCGGACACCUUUAACCCCAGGCACUUCCUGAAUGAAAAUGCCCAGUUUCAGAAAAGAGAUGCGUUCCUGCCAUUUUCAGCAGGUAAGCGAGCGUGUUUGGGAGAACAGCUGGCUCGUCAGGAGCUUUUCUUAUACUUCACCUCUCUGCUUCAGCGAUUCACCUUCUCCAAAUGUCCAGGAGAGGAACUCAGUCUGGAGGGAGAGAUAUGGUUCACAUAUACUCCUGCUCCAUACCGUAUAUGUCUGUCCUCACGUUAGAGGAUACACAUACAUUUUUUAUAGCAUGUUUACGGAUAUCUGCUAUGAUAGAAUAUCUAUUAUGUAAGUAAUUAUUCAUGUUACCAUUUAGUACACUGCUACUUAAUACUAAUAAAAUGUAUGAGAUAUAUUACACGCAUAUCUAAUGUAUUAAUAAAAGUUGUAUGCUACAUAUGAUUUGCUGUGUCAUUUUGAUGUAACUAGAGCACAACUGGGCAUGUAAUUUUUCACAAUAGAUAGCCAAAAUGUCAAAAUGCAGCAUCAUUGUGAUAGUCAUGCACCUUACUUAGGUUCAAGUUAAUAAUUCACCCUGGUAAUCUGUAAUAAGUUUGCAAUUAUUGUACAAAUUAACAUCUACCAAAGUAUAUGAAAGCAAAGUAAAAAGACAAGCCAAAUGAUAUUACUGUAUGUACAUGCAAGAUUAAAGAAAAAACUAUUAACACAGUUUGAAAAACCUAUAGGUAAAUGUAGACAUGUCAGGCAGAACAGUGGUGUUGCCUAAUGCCUUAUGUAAUAUGUAAUAUCUCUGUCCUCCUUUCAAUUAUUUCAACGCG